AUGGAUCCUAACGUGGAUAACAAGGCUGAUGUUGUCAAGAGGAGCAAAGAGGAGAAGAAAGUUCUCCGAAAACAAAUAAAAGCCAGUCACACUUUACUGAAACAUGAAGGCAUCAGCACGACGUCGCAGCCGACCAAGAGUCUGGUGGUGGCUAACGGCGGCCUGGGGAACAGCGUCAGCCGGGAGGAGCUCUCUGCCGUGCUGAAAGAGAUGGGAGAGGUGGAGACUCUGGUUAUGCCAUCUCACAAGCCUUAUGCUUUUGUCUCAUACAGGUCAGAGGAGAGUGCUCGGAAAGCUCACGUCCACCUUAAUGGCCGAAAGCUGCAGUGUGGAGAUAACAGCGUCACACUCUAUCUCAUUUUUGUUGACUCAGUAACCUGUGAGGAGGAGACGUCCGUCCCGUUGCCAGAGGGUUUGGUCUUGGUGGAGGACUUCGUGUCUCUAGAGGAAGAGGCUCUGCUGCUAGCCGCCGUAGACUGGUCGCACGCUAAUGAUGAUGUCACCGCUCAAAAAGCUCUGAAGCACAGAAGAGUCAAACAUUAUGGAUUUGAAUUUCGCUAUGACAACAACAACGUGGACAAAGACAAGCCGUUACCUGCAGGUCUACCCGAGGAGUGUCAGCCUAUUCUGCAGCGGUGUGUGAAGCUCGGACACAUGGACGUCACGCCAGACCAACUGACUGUCAACCAGUACGAGUCGGGACAGGGUAUUCCUCCUCAUGUUGACACCCACUCUGCCUUCGAGGACACCAUCAUGUCACUGAGCCUGGGUGCAAAGACGGUGAUGGAGUUUCGCCAUCCUGACGGCCGUGUUGUUCCAGUGUUGUUGCCAGGACGCAGCCUUCUGGUGAUGAAAGGAGAGAGUAGAUAUCUCUGGACCCAUGGGAUUACUCCUCGAAAGUUUGAUAUGGUGCCAACCUGCAACCCACAAUCCCCUACUGAUGCAACAUCUGACUCUGGGAUCCACAGCAAUCUCACCCUGAGCAAGAGGGGCACCCGCACUUCCUUCACUUUCCGCAGGAUCAGACAUGAACCGUGCCGCUGUGCCUUCCCCUCUGCCUGUGACAGUCAGGGAGCUUCCUCAGUACCGUCGACCUCUCCGCCAUCUCCCCCCUCACUUCCAGGUUGCCAUGCCGACGCAGCCCGUCUGGAGGAAGAGUAUGUGCACCGGGUGUACAACACCAUCGCCUCCCACUUCAGCAGCACUCGACACUCCCCCUGGCCUCGCGUUUGCCACUUCCUGUCCUCGCUCCCACCUGGAAGUGUGCUGGCUGACGUCGGCUGCGGGAAUGGGAAAUACCUCGGCGUCAACCCAGAAGUGACUGCUGUGGGUUGCGAUCGUAGCAGUGCUCUUAUCCAAAUCUGUGCAGAGAGGGGUUUCCAGGCAUUUGUGUCGGAUGCGCUCAGUGUCCCGCUACGAACAGCCUCCUGCGAUGCCUGUAUCUCCAUAGCUGUCAUACACCACUUUUCCACACAGGAGCGUCGGCUGGCAGCAGUGAGGGAGCUGUUGAGACUCUUGAAGCCUGGAGGUCGAGCGCUCAUAUAUGUUUGGGCUUUUGAACAAGAGUACAAGCAGCAGAAGUCCAAGUACCUCAAAGACUGCAACAAAGAGCAUCCUGGGAACCGCAGCCCGAACGACAGCAUGUCAGAAGACAGCCAGACGCCUGAUGGGAAUAAAAGUGAACAUGCCGACGGACAUUUAGAAGAUGACAGCGAAACACACACAGCGACCCACAAGCCUGCAGACAACACAUCAGAUGUCAGCAAAGUGACUGAUGGGAAACUUAGUGUGCACACGAAUCGCACCGCCUUUAACACUCAGGAUCUGUUAGUUCCCUGGCAUCUGAAAAAAGGAGGAGGAAAAAAGGAGGGAGAGUCAGGAGAAGGUGUAAAGAAGGAUAAACGGAAAGAUAAAUCUCACCCAAGCGGUCACAACUCCAACUCUGAUUCCAGUCCAGGUUUUGACAUCAACAAAUCUAAACCCAGUCCAAGUGGCGACACGACUCAGGUGUCCAGCUGCAGUGUAAAGUCAGAGCCCGAGCCCGAGAGCGUCCCGCCACCGGUCUUCCACCGCUAUUACCACGUCUUCCAGCAGGGGGAGCUGGAGCAGCUGUGUGUUCAGGUAGCUGGAGUCAAAGUGCAGAGCAGCUACCACGAUCAGGGAAACUGGUGCGUCAUAUUAGAGAAAGACUGAAGGAGAAGAAUGAACUGAUGAAUCUAUGAAUGAUUGCUCGAACAAUUUAUGAAUCAUGACAAUUAAUGCUAU